AUGGCUACAAAUCUGUCACGGGCUGCUACUGUAUCGGCUGCCUCCGGAUAUCAACGUCGUAGAGGAAGCUUCACCGCCGACUGGACAGACAGCCAUUCUCUUUCCAAACAUUCAUUCGACAAGCGGGUUUCCAGAGACGAUCUUGCACUCAUUCUCAAGAGCUCAAAGAAGGGCAACGUGACGGCGUUUCAUAUACCGAUCCAUGGCCGACUUCCAUCCCCCGAACACAGCCCGCGAACCUCGUCACUGACGAGAACGACUUGGGUACGAACUUCAACUCCGGAUUCUAUGAUAGAUUCUGGCGAGACUGGUGUUAUUGCUGUUGGUAUGGCAAUUGGAAGUCCAACACAAAUGGGAGACUUUGCGCCGGCGCCCUGGAAUCCACAGAACAGAGCCAUGAAUGCCGUUGUCGACAUCCCGGAGCCGAUGCCAGAGCCUGUGCCAGAGCCAGUCGAUGACACUCAGCAGAAGGCUCGUAAAUGGGGUCUUUUUCGAUCAAAAUCGAAGCGAGCCACGCGGCCAGAGAAGCCCCAACGAUCUAUGACGGAGAGUGUCAAUACUUCUACCACAUCAUUAGGUUCUUCUGGAAUGCCGACUUCAGCACCAGCAGAUCAGAGUUCACGGAAAAUGCCAAAGCAUAAGCCGAUUGUAAUUCGAUCUCAAACUGAACCAAUUAUAUCAGAACCCGCGCAGACGAUUGCUGAAGUGCCCCGGUCGGUACCAACGUCGGCGGAGGUGAAACCUAUCUCGCCAGGAAAACUAACAAAAGAGAAGCCUGCUCUUCAGCGCAAGGCAUCAAAGGAAUCGAAACUGAAAGACCCGGGUUCGGGGGGCAUAGGCCGUAAAAUGUCGCUAAGAGGCCUUCGAGGUGACACCAGCAAGAAGAGAUCAGAAAAAGCAAUCGCACCGCCGCCCUCAUCGCCGCCACCGAUGCCACCGAUGCCUGCUAUUCCUCACUCUCUGCUAGAUGUUGAGAUUCCUAGCAUCAAGAUGGAUCGAUAUAGUGUCAUGUUUAACAGUGUUUUACAGCCACCGCAAGGGUCUGCCUCUUCACUUCUUGCUCGCCGACAGGCUACUCUCGAUCAUCUGAAGUCUGUGAAGGACGCAAUCGCCGAGAAUCGAGACGAGUCUCUUCGGCCACGGAGGGCAACGUCGCCACAACCCUCACCAACUUUUGUUUCUCAGGAUAAUUCAAAGCCUCUGCCUUCACCUCGGUUCCGAGCCAACACAUCCCCGGCCUUAUUGGACUCAUCAUAUUAUCACUCAGAGGAGUCUCCUGAAGCAGUUACGCCAAGAGUCGCCCAAGUUUCGCGGUCAGAAUCUCAGCACAACAAGUUCGCAGCGCAAGCUACGCAUUAUCAGCCUGCCCUUGUCUCCAAAUUCAACAGGCGUCCCAGUGCAGCGUCUACGGAGAAGAUAAGCGUUACUUCCGCAAAACAGACCUCGCCACCUGUGCCCAUUAUCUCGCCCAACACCCACUCCAAGCAUUCGUCUCCGUUUACUUUCUCACCAGGCACAGUUCCCGAAUCUCCUGAACACACAGACGAUGAGAAAGAUGUUCAGGUAGCUAAGGGAAGGCUCUCUUCUCCUUCGGAACCUUCGUGGCACAUGGUCUCGCCCCCAGCUUCCAUCACGUCCUCCGGCGCCGAAACCUCAAGGCGAUUCUCUCCGUCCUCAUCAUUGGCUUCGCCCAAGAAGCAAGCUCCCGAGGCUGAUGCUCAAGAGGCCUUACGCAACGCUGUUGAGAUCUCCAUUGCUCGCCAGAUCAGCGUUUCGCACCAACAACGCAAGAUGCUGCACCCGUUAAAGAGCAACCCCAGCUUGAGACAUCGAGGUAACGGCAGCCCGAGCGGACCAGGUUACAUCCCGAUUGAGAAAGAUGAGCGUCUAGCUGAGACCAAGUCAUCGACCCCUACCUUGGUGCACCCGAGGGAGUUGACUCACUCUCCUGAUGCUUACCAAAUACACCGCAAGAGUGAGAGAGUAAUUCUUGAGGAAUCUUGA